GCUGGCACCACGUCCGCUCCCAGCUAAACUACACCCUUUUUUACCGACUGUCAAAAAAUCUAACCUCACAAUUCGACCAUUGUUUUGUUUACUAUUUGUGUACAAAGUUUUUGAUUAUUUCAAGCUUAAAAUGAGUGGAAUCACGAUUGAAAAAACACGCUACGAAUGCGUCCAAUUACCGAAACGAUUCCAACGAGAGGACGUGCUACGCAAGACCGGUUUGCAGGUGGGCAAAGUCGAUUUGUAUUACAGCGGCAGGGGCAUGAGAAACGAUGCCUCUUUAGUGCCUCCGAUUCGACAAACGGCUUCGAUUUUUAAGCAGCCCGUUACAGUUUAUAAAACGCAAGAGAGCAAAGUUAAAUCAGAUUAUAAAAACGGGAAUCAAGAAAAGCCAAAACAAUUAUUUUGGGAGAAGAGACUUGAAGGACUCAGAGCCUGUGAUGUGGAUGGUGUUGAAUUCGAAGGCAUGCAACUUCCAAAAGGAUUGAAGCCUGUGGGACCCAAUGUUACUGAAGAGACCAUCAUACAGAGUGUAGCAACAGCUCUGCAUGUUUCGUCUAGUUCUGUUACAGGGCAGACAGGUACAAAGACUUCCUUAGAGAAAAAUCCUGGUGUUUUUCUUGACCCAAAGCAACCUCUAGUCCAGUCUGUGAAUAUAUCCGAAGAAGAUAUUAAAAAACAAGAAGAACGAGUUUCUGCAGUGAGAAGAAAGCUUCAAGAAGCAUUGAAGCAGUAGUCUAAUGUUAAGUUUUAAUUGGUUUAAGUCACAUUUUAUAAAGAUGUUUAGAAUUAGACUGGUCACUAUUUAUUUUACAUUUUUUUGAGUUAAUUCACUUUACAAUAUUAAAACAAAUGUGUUAUAAUUUUAUAUGUAAAAAAUUAAGUUGAGCUGAAUGUAUGGAAAAUUUGAUGAAUUGUAACAUUAUUUGGUCCAAUAAAAGGGUUUCGUAGGUA